CAUGGCGCCGCUGCCUGUGGUCCCGCAGCCGCGGCUAGUGUCUGUUCCUGUACUGAGUUAGAAAAACGACAGAAUGAGUACAAAUAACUUAUAUUUUUAAAUCAUAUCACCGGGAAGGAGAACAUGAUGGAAUAAAUCAGACCGGGGAGGGGAUGCGGUCGCCCGCCCGCAGAGAGAGAGAGAGAGAAGGAAUUAGAGCAAAAUAAUCAAAUCCUGGGGAGGAAUUGAUAAUUAGGUUUAUUCUCAAUGAUAGUGCUUGUUAUAAUAAUGUAAUUAUGUUGGGCUUUGUGGUAUAAAGACAAAGUCAAUUCCGAGUGAGGAGCAAGGGACUGGUGUGUGUUUUGGGGCUGAACCGCGGAGUCCUUUUGAUCGUCAUUUGCAAAUCAGACAAAUUGUUUUAAGAAUUAAUUUGCAUCUUCCUUCAAAAAGUAAAUAAACAGACCCGAACACUGUGAGGAAGGGGUGUUUGAAGGUUGUGUUGAACAUUGCCCUUGGAUUUUCCCCUCCCAAAAGCAGGAACAGCAUUGAAAACGGCACUUGGUUUGUCAACGUGACUUGACAAAUGGACAUUGGCAGGAUGGACAGUGAGCCUGAGGGCAGUGGACAAGCUGCUGACUCCGGCUCCAUUUCCUCAAAACUAAAUGGUUUUACCUCUGAGUUAGAAGAUGAUGAGGACGAGGACUUGAACUGUGAUAACAGUGAUCUGGAAGUUAAUCCUUUUGAUGGGCUACCUUUUUCCUCACGGUACUAUGAUCUACUUAAACGGAGGAAAGCUCUGCCAGUCUGGAGCAUCAAAUACCACUUCAUGGAAAGUCUCGUCAACAAUAAUCUGGUAUUAGUUUCUGGUAAACUGGGAUGUGGCAAAAGUACUCAGAUUUCUCAGUGGUGUGCUGAAUAUGCCCUCUCUGCUCAGUAUCAGCACGGCAUGGUAGUCUGUACACAACCCCACAGCCUUUCUGCUAUGUGUUUGGCACAACGUGUGGCAGAUGAACUGGACUUGAAUGUGGGUCAUGAGGUUGGAUACCAUGUCCCUUAUGAAGACUGCUGCACGACAGAAACUAUUCUCAGGUACUGCACGGAUGAUAUCUUGCUCCGUGAAAUGAUGUCUGAUCCCUUGUUGCACCAUUAUGGAGUUAUAAUUAUUGAUGAGGCUCAUGAGCGGACAGUGGCAACCGAUGUUCUGCUUGGUUUAUUAAAAGACUUGCCAAGGCAGAGGCCAGAACUGAAGAUAGUGGUCAUCACAGCACCACACCUGGAAAGCAGACUUGGAAGUUACUAUGUUGGAGUACCUUUUGUAAAAGUGGAUGAUGCUGAGGAAACUUGCUUUCCUGUGGAAAUUAUAUACAGAGAUGGCCAGUUUAAGGACUGUGUUUCAGCUGCUGCACAGACGGUACUGGAUAUCCACAGGAAAGGAGAGGAAGGCAAUAUUUUAGUUUUCUUGGCCAGUGAAGAGGAAAUAACAGACUGCUGUCAAAUGAUACGGACAGAAGGGGGUGCUAUUGGGUCUCAGUUGGGUGAGCUCAUCCCCAUUCCUUUGCAUUCAGGCGUCGGAAGCAAUUUCCAAAGAAUUUAUGAAAAUUGCAAUCAAACUUAUAAGAAUUACCGGAGGAAGGUUAUCAUCACAAACUCAAUAGCAGAUUCAUCAUUUAUUAUUGAUGUCACUUAUGUAAUAGAUUCCGGACUUGAACUGAAAAAUGUAUACAAUCCUCGCAUUCGGGCUGACUCCCAGGUCAUUCAGCCAAUUAGCAAGAGCCAGGCUGAACUGAGGUGGCAGAGAUUAGGCCACACCUGCCCAGGGAAAUGCUUCCGCUUGUACUCCGAAGCGUUUCAUAAUGAGAUGCCGGAAGUUUCACCACCUCGAGUGUCUGAAACAAAUCUCAGCCACCUUGUGCUUCUGCUGAAGAGGCUGGAUAUUGCAGAUAUGGGACAAUGUGACUUUUUGGAUAGGCCAGCCCCAGAAGCACUGAUGCAGGCGCUGGAAGAUCUAGAUUACUUGGCUGCUCUGGAUGACGAUGGGAACUUAUCAGAAGUUGGAAUUAUUAUGUCUGAAUUCCCACUAGAUCCUCAACUUGCCAAAGCUCUUCUGGCAUCUUGUGAAUUUGAUUGUGUGAAUGAGAUGUUAACAAUUGCAGCAAUGGUAAUAGCAUCCCCAUGUUUUAUUGCACCACCCAGGCAUCUAGAGGAAGCUGCAGCCGUUCGCAGGAGAAUUCUUCUACAUCCUGAGGGAGAUCAUUUUACUCUCAUCAAUGUCUACAACGCAUUCAAACAGCAUAAUGAAGAUGAAACAUGGUGUCUGAAGAAUUAUCUGAGUUACUCUGCUCUGAAGCUGGCUGACGUUGUCCGCUAUGAAUUGCUUGAACUGAUGCAAAGGAUUGAACUACCUAUAUCGCCAUCGAACUUCGGACUGGAGGGAAAUGUGCUUAACAUAAAGAGAGCUCUGAUCUCUGGCUACUUCCUUAAGGUAGCAAGAGAUGUGGAUGGCUCUGGGAAUUACCUGAUGCUCAAUCAUAAGCACGUGGCUCACCUGCAUCCUUUAUCGUGUUACCUCACCAGGAAGCCUCGGCCCCGGCCACCUCCUUGGGUCCUGUAUCAGGAUUUUACCAUUUUCCAAGACAACUGCAUCAGCGUUGUCUCAGAGAUUCAUCCUGAAAUGCUGAUUGAGUUAGUACCACAAUACUACCUUAGCAACCUACCAACCAGUGAGAGCCGUGACCUCCUUACGAAGCUCCGCGAGAAGGUGACCAGCACAGAAACAGAGUCAAACGAAGAGGCAGGCAACACCUUGAAGGAAGACGAAGAAACAGAAGAGAUUGAAAAUGAGGAGCUCUGCUUGCUUCAGUGAAUGGAAAAGGAAGACAGUGGCACCUGGGGGCAAGUGAUUGGUCAUUGAAUUUAUUCGCCAAUGACAUGGGAACCUUAUCCAUCGUUUCAACAAAAUCACUUUCUUCUCGAAACUAGACAGAGGAGAAAAUGGGGAGAAUUUUUUUUUCUGUGAAUUAUAAUCUGGAAUGCGCUGGCUGAUGGUAGAAGCAGAUUCAACAGUAACUUGCAAAAUAAAUUUAACCUCUGCUUGAAAAGGAAAAAAUGUGGGGAAUGAGCACAGCAAUGAAACUACUUAAAUCAUUUUCGCAAGGAGCAAAGGCAAUAGGCUGAAUGCCUGUCUCCUCUGCUGUAUAAAGUCAUUGAGGUACUCUCAAUAGCAGGGACUCCACUGACUUCUCUUUGUCCAUUCUCCAUCAAAAUAGAAACUGAUGGGUGAUGCAGUGAGCUGGUAUACAGUCCUUUCACCUUCCAGAACUCCAUCACGUAGUAAAGGAACUACAUCGAACGCAUAUUAGUGUGAGACUACUGCAAUUUACAAUAAUAUAUUGGGAUCACUUUGUGAUAGCUGCUGUGGAGCUAAUGAAAUACUGUAUGGAUACAGGAGCAGGUACUAUACUGAUAUAGCUACGGAGCUAAAUAUUUCAGGUAGUGUAGAGGUUACAUUUCUCUGUCUCUCACAGUGCUGUAUUCAUUUUGCUUGAGCGUGAGAUUCUAACAAUGGGAAACUAUUUCAUUUGCCAAAUUUAACGUCACACUGUGAGCGCAAAAAGAUAAAAUUGUUUAAAAUGAGAAUGGUAGCACAGGCCCAAAGGAGUUUUUUUUUAAAAAAAGACUUCAGAUUUCUUCAUUAAUUCUUCUUAGAGUAUCAGGUUAUAAUAGUUCAGGAUACGGGAAUUAAAUGAAUAUUUGCAUAGAUGGUUGAUGAUGUGAAAAAGAAUCAGGUUUAAUUUUCUGAAUAGUUUUUUGUUCAAUGCUGUAAUACUCUAUUUCCCCUGUGUGUGUGUGAGUAUUAUCAUGUGUCUGGAUGUUUCAAAACUCAAAUCAGAAAGACUGACCCUUGGCAGAUUGUACAAGAGGCGUGUAAAAUCUGGACAGAAGUGAAAUGGCAAUAUAGUAAUGUCUAGAGUGUAAAGCACUAUUUGUCUUUUUAAAAGCUUAGGCAGUAUAUUGAUUAUAUAGUUAGGACAAUUAUAUUACAUGACUGGAAUAUAACUUUUCCCAUGCUGCUUUUAUAAAAAAUUAAUGGCAUUCUCAGCAUCAUUGUUGCACUUUUCAAACACUAAGCUUACUGAAAUGCAGAACAAGCUGGGGCCAGGUGUGGUGCAAGUAAACACAAGUGUAGGUUGUACAUCGUAACAAAGUUAAAUGAAUUGGCCAUGCCAAAUUUCCCAUAGUGUCCAGGGUUUGCAGGUUAGAUAGAGUGACUGCGUUCAGUUGCCCUUGUAUCCAGGGUUUGCAGGUUAGGUGGAAUGGCCAGAGGACGUUGCAGGGAUGGGGUGGGUCUGGGUGGAUGUUGGUCAGAUAUUGUUUGCUGUCCGAUAUCAAGUACUUCCUAGUAACAGAUGGGCUUAACAUUGCAGGUUUGAUUUGAUUUAUUUAUUGUUAUGUAUUUUGUUACAAAAUACAGUUAAAAGUGUUGUACAGUGUCACCACUCACUGGCACCAACUUAAAACACAGAAAAAUAAAUCAAAACAUAGAAUAAAGGAACCAUUUUUACUCAAGAAGGACAUGAGCAUGCUGCUGGAUUGAUUGCAAGUCAUGCUCUCCUACAGAACUGUGCAUUUUUCUGGAGGUGUAUUCUGAGAAUGUAACAAAGGUUGCAGUUUCCUGGCAUCUUUCUGUUUCCUGGCAUCUUUCUACUUGCUGAGUUUGUCUUUCACAUUUUUUUGAAAUUGAUUAACUGCAUCUUGGUAUGGAGUGAAGUUUGAUGUGGUAAGUGGCUGUUUAUUGCAAAACUAAACUGGUACAUUGAUGUUUUUCUGUUUUUUUUUCAUAACCUGAAUCCUCAACUGAAAUUUUAGAAACAAAACUGCGAAUUCUGGAAUCCAACCAGUUGUAGCUAACACGUUUUAUGUGUUGCACAUUUUUAGAUUCAUUCAUGUAAAUUGCAACUGUGAUUUAGUUUUUUUACUUCCUCCUUUUGUGUGUUUGUCUGUGUAGGUUUGAACUCAGUUUAUUUAGUUCUUAUUGCAGCUGAAUUAGGAUUUUUAAAUGAACCCAAAACGCUCAUUACCUUUCGGUUUCAAUUAGGCACUGCCAUAACAAGCAGUAAGUUACUAUUAGCAGAUUGGGCGUGCGUUUGCAAUCUGUCAGGACGUUGGCUAUUGCCUCCAAUAUAGAUAUUGAUAGCUUCUUGCAUUGCACUCCAAUUUAGGCUAUCCAGGAUCAACAGACAAACGGCUGAUUUGCUGCAGUGUUGGAAGUCUGUUGACUGUAGAAUUCAUUGCUAGCAGCCGCAACGCCUUGAGAGAAAACUGAAUCGAGAAAAAUAAAAAUAACUUUUUAAAAGUAGCAUUUCAACUCUUAGUGGUAAUGAUGAGCUCAGUUGUUCUAUCUUGGCAAGCUUAAAUAAGUAUGAUUUUGCUUCAGGAUUUUAAUGGUGAGAUUAACUAGUUUACCUCAAAUACAGCAUGGAUAUUAGCUUCUUAAAGUUGAGAAAUCCUGGAAUUCCCUCCCUCAGGACAUUGGUGGCCUGCCUACAGCACAUGGACUGCAGCAGUUCAAAAUAACAGCUCAUAACCAAGAAUGAGCAAUAAAUGCUGGCCCAGACAGUGAUGCCCCAAAUUGCACAAAUGCACUUAAAAAAGAAUGCUACACAACAUAUAUAUAAUUAGUACGAUUUAGUACCUUUUGAAAAUGGGCUCUGAACUUGUAGAAUUAGUGUGUUCUAAAUUGAAUUUAUAAGUAUUGUUGUAACUUGUUUAGUUCUAUGAAUGUUUUCAUAAUCAUUUCAUCUCCUUGAAGGAGAAAAAGUCUACAAUGAACUUACAGGCUGAAUGGCUGCUUUAAAACUGGUGGAGUCAGUGGUGGAGCUUCAAUGAAAAAUCCCACUGUAAUCCUCCAGGAUCUACAAAUCCAGCUUGCUGGAACGUCGUACUUUUGCCGAAUUUAAUGAAGUUGUGAGUUUGCAUUGAGAUUUAGCUUUGUAUCAGGGCUGGUGGUUGUGACAAAACCAAAGCUCAGUGUUAAACUGGUAAUUUGUAAACACAGGGACUAGAAGGGAGCUUCACAUCGAGACAAUGAAGUGUUGUCACAUCCUGCAAAGUGCCAAUUCAGGCAGUUUUUCUGAUUAUGAAAAUUUAUUGUUGAAAAAGUGACAUGGGUCAGGGAAGCCUAGGGGUGCAUUUCAAAGCUGAGUUUUACUUCACCAUUUAAGUUAGAAUGCACUUUUUUUAAUCCUCUGGUUGGGGAAAACUUGCACAUUUUUAGUCAAAUCUUUAAUUUCUUCUGCCUGCUGAUGUAAAUGUCAUGAUUUUCUUUACCAGGAAUAUUCUAUAUAUAACACUGACAGCUCCAGCAAUAAAUGAAUAGACAAAUUUAUAUCGAGCCUUGUUGCUCUGUAAUGUCAGAUACUAUGCUUCAGAUGCUUCUAAGAAUCUUUUCUCAUAAACUAAAGUGGCUUUAUAUGUAUGAAUAUUGUUUGUCAAACUUUUAUUGGAGUUCUUGCCUUGCAGGAAAGUCAUGAUUUACAGGGAAAUUGCAAAAUAAUUAGAGUGCGGCCAGAAUCCUCCAUACAACAACAACAGAUUUGUUAGUAUUUAUUAGGAUGGGUUUCAGUCAGUAAGGUCCAUUUGUGUUUAAAACUAAGGCUGUUCAACAGCCAGAAUGACCUGUAGAUUGUGUAGAACUCCAGUUCCUAAUCUAGUGAAAUCUUUGUAUAUUAUUUGUAAGGAUAGUAUAAUCAUUAGAGAUAGUAGGAAUUGCAGAUGCUGGACAAUCUGAAUGACAAGGUGUAGAGCUGGAUGAACACAGCAGGCCAAGCAGCAUCAG